AUGCUCACAGAGUUUUUUCAGCGGUUUCUGAAUUCUCAGCAACCUACGUUUACUCCACUCCCAGGUAGUUUUCCUGAGGAUGAAGCAACAGAACCAGAACGUCAACGAUACAGUGUUGCAAGAGUGCAAUCUAAAUUGAUGAAUAUACUGCUUACUCCUCCAUUGAUGAUAAUUUACAUUGUUUUCGGUGUUAUGCUGUUCAUUGCUAAUACUCUAAAGCCAGUUAAAAAGUUAGCCGAGUAUUAUGAUAAUAUGCGUAUCAAACAUUCCACGGAACAUAAGAAUCAGCUUCGAACUUUGGUAGAAACUCUAAUUCAGGAUAGUGCACGUUCUAUUUCUCCCGAUGUUGUUGCGUCUAAUUCACCUAUCACACAUACGUUUUCUUACCUUUACAAUCUGCAGAACGGAAUCAUGUUACCACAAAUAGUACAAGGGGGAUAUACUGAUUUACUUAGGACAUGCACCGAACAAGGUAAGUUUGCGCUUAUCUACUUACAUAACCCUCUUUUAUUCUAUUCGUUGGAUUAUGUCAGACAGGUUUUGUCAAAUGACGACGUUGUGGGUAUGAUGAGAAGAUACCAAGUAAUGCUAUGGUUUGGUGAUAUAACAACUCCCGAGGGUCUUCAAGUCGCGAAUACCUUAAAAGUAAGACAAUUCCCAUUUAUUGGGUUUCUUACUAUAAAGAAUGACGCCAAAUUCGAGAUUAUCUGUCGUAUUGAAGGCAGAUUGUUCGAUUUUAACGUGGCAUCUCUGGAACUUAAGUUGCAGCAGUCGUAUUCCAAACUAAUUCAAUUGAGACAGCAGAGGCAAAAUAGAGAGUUGCACCGCUUGAUGGUAGAGCAAGAUUAUAGAUUCCAUGAAACCCUACGACACGAUCAAGAUAGGUAUCAAGUUAGAAGCGGGCUCGGAGAAAAUGAACAGCAGAUGUUUGAUCAGGAGCGUAUAAAAAAGGAAUGGCUAUUGUGGCGGAAGUCCACCCUAUAUCCAGAACCGUUGCAGGGGGAUAUAUGUCGGCUAAACAUCCGGACUAAUGGGGGGCGUAUUGUCAGGAAGUUUGAUGCUUCUUUGCCUAUUGAAGAGAUAUAUGCCUAUGUAGAGCUAUACAUGAACGGCAUGCUAUUCAGUGCCGAGACAUAUGAUCGCCCAAGCCCGCCAAAUUACAAUUAUAUCUACAGCUUCAAAUUAAUAACGCCUGCCCCUCGAGUGGAGCUCGAUAAUACAAAAUUGAUUAGGGACGAAAGUGCUAUUUACCCAUCUGGGACUGUGAUUGUUGAACCGCCUGAUAUAUAA